AUGCAUUCACACUUGAUUCUGCUCUUGGCAGCUGCCAGCACAGCAGUGGCAGAGCCAGUCUUGGCAGAGCCAGCCUUGGCAGCAAUUCCAAAACAAGCUGCAAGCGGCGUCUCAUCUCGAAUGCUUCUCCCCGGCUUUGGAUCCGCGCUGUACUUUGAGGAAAAGCGAGCUGGAAGUUGCGGAAUCGGUCAAAUUGCCUGCCAUACGGGCUGCAUCCCCAUCAGCGGACGAUGCUGUGCCACGAGUGGAUGGUGCACGGCCGGGACCGUGUGCGACGACAUUCACGAGGGGUGCUGCCAAAUUGGCAAAGUCUGUAACAAGGGACCGACUGGAGGUUGCGGUACUGGGUACACCUCUUGCAUGAACAAAUGCAUGCCCUCGGGAGCCGACUGCUGCAGUGACGGCAUGUACUGCAAAUCGGGUACCAGGUGUGAUGGUAACGGAGGGUGCAUCGCAGGCUCCGGCUCCGACUCCGGCUCCAGCAGCGGCAGCGGCAGCGGCAGCGAGAGUGGCGGGCAAUGUCUAUCUUCUGAAGAUCCCUGCGACAAAGGCUGCAUGCCCAAGGGAGCCGUGUGCUGCCACAACGGCAAAUACUGCGAUGCCGGGGAAAUCUGUCUGUUACCUCAGUUGACAUGUCGGUCCCGGGGGACUGGAGGCGGCGAUGGUGGCGGGAGAGCCUCUGCUUCCGUUGCCAGCCAAGCAACCAAAUACUCCUUGACGGUAGUUGACCAGUCUAGCUCGCAACAGGCCACCAUUCAACAGACGGGCGAUCCCAUCACGCCUUUGCCAACAUCUGGACCCAAUGGGGGUGGCGGCAACGGCGGCAACAGCCCCAGCCCGACUGCGACGACAAAAGCUGCUGCUGCACCCGGCGCGAUUCAAGUUCCAACGUUGCUUGUUGCCAUAGCCUUGGCUCUGCCCUUUUGGAUAUUUUCAUCCAGCUAG